GCUCACUUUUGAUUUCGACGUACCCUAAGUACCGAUGCAACUCCUGCUGCGAGCCGCCGCGACUGCCGCCGCCACCGUGGCUUUCCUCGGUUGCACGGACGCCAGUACCUCACUCGGGUCCAACUACUUGCCCCCUCAAUCCCUUCGUCGGCUGGGUGCGACGGACGUGAACAACGCGACGCUGGAUUCAGCCAAAAAGUUCAGUCAAGACGCGCUCAAAUUUCUCACCAACCUCCGGGGCGGGGACGAAGUGUUUUACCAGCACCUCAUCACGACAAUGCAGAUCAUCAUGUGCGACCAGAGCGUCAACUCGGAUGGCCAUGCCGAAGCCGCCGAAGCCAACGCCGUGUGGACGGGCACGGACGACCUCAUCUUGCCGUACCAUCGAUUUGUGUCCAAGGACAGCAAGUUAGCGCUGAAGAACAAAACCGGGUCGUGCAUCCACGUGGCACGCCCUGCGGGCGUCGUCGCCACUAACUACGGGAGGGGCCUUUGUGAAGUCAAGCCCAACUGCUACUGGGCACCCAUUGAUGAGACAGCGCUCACCGAUCGCGGCCCCAAGUACUCGACGCUCCAGGGCCCGCAGCCCCCGGAUGGCGCGUACCGUGUAACGGAUGCCAAAGCGUUCCUCCAAACAUAUGCUAAGGGGUUCGGGGCAGUGGUCGUGCCGUCGAUUAUCCUGCUUGUGCUGAGCGUGCUGAGCAUUUUGCUGUUCAUUUUGUGUCGGUGCUGCUGCAACAAGUGCGGCGGGCGCAAUGGCAAGCCGGGGGGGUACAACUGCAUGGAAAAGUUCUUGCCCGUCUUGUUCUACUUGUUGUUUGCGAUCGCGAUCCUCGUGCUCGCGGCGCUCUCGUAUGUGUACUAUGGCAUCGUGACGACUUCCGUGUCCAAGAUCUUUGACAUUGUGCUGGCUCUGAUUGAUACGAUCACGCUGUGGAUGGCGUCGCUGCUCGCCCCCCUCAAAGACAUUGGCGACAAUGUCAUCUCGUCGUCGGCCAAUAUUUCAACGCAAUUGGACAACUCGGGGUUCAUCGAAGUCGGCCUGGAUGGCAUCACGAGCCAACUGAACGCGUUUGCCGCGCAAACGAAUGGGGUUACGUUGCCCACGGCCUGUCGCGUGGGGGUGGACCUCUUCUGCACGGCGUGCCAGGCUUGCACCGACAUCAACACCCAAAUCACGUCUGUGAACUCGCAAAUCAACAGCGCUGCCGGCGCCGGGGUCGCCAGUCUGAAGGAAACACGCACUUCGAUCAAGUCGCUGCUUAUUGGCGCAAGUGACACAAUCCAGGGCGUGGUCAAGAUGGCGUUCGACACACAGGACACGCUCAACACCAACAUCAAAGCCAACACGCAGCCUGUGGUGGACCUCCAGACGCAGUGGAAUAGCAACACGGCUGUGACCAAGUACGGGAUCAUCGCGCUGUUUGCGCUGGCGAUCGUCGUGAUUGUGCUGGGGCUUCUGGGCAUUCUCUUUGGGCUGACGCCGCUUCGCUGCCUCGUGGUGGUCAUGCACCUGGCAUACAUUGUGGCAUUUGUAGCCAUCAUCAUUACCUUCAUUUUGUCGGCCGUGUUCCUCGCCAUCAGCGUCCUCCUGGGGGAUAUUUGCCAGGUGCAAACAGUGAUUUCGGCCAACUGGACCAUCGCCCUCGGCGACGACGCUAAGAUCGUCGACGCGUGCUUCAAGAACCAGUCGCUCGUGGACGUGCUCCACCUGUCGGACCAGUUUGCCUUUGCAGACAAAAUCACAUUCCCAAAAAUCGACCUCUCCAAGAUGCUCGACUUUUCAAGCUUUUCGUCGUUUUCGUCAACCAUUGGCUCGACCAACACGUCGACGUUCUCCCUCGACCCGACUCUGAUCCAAACGUUUGUGGAUGCCCUCAACACCCAAACUACCGUCAACGCCGGCGGGUGUGUCGUCACGGACGGCAGGUACUCCGCUGCGAACCUCUUGACCCCGUGGACCGCCAACUCGGACCCGGCCCCCGCUCCUUCCCAGCCACCUGACGGGUACAUGCAGAACCGCUACAACGUCAAAAACGCCCAAUGCGACUCGCUGCCGAUGCGGUGCAUGGCGUCGGCACCCACGUGCCACUACUCGGACUUUGUCACAGAGAUCUGGCGCAACGCCAGCACCCUCAAAACCAUCGAGCGCGACGCGGUAGUGUUUGUGACUGGCAUGACCACGUCCAUGAACUCGUUGGUUGGGUACAUUGACACGUUCAAAACCAACGUGACGACCCUUACCACGACGCUGUCGGGCAUCGGGGACGACCUCGGCUCGUCGCUCAUCGCGGACGUAAACCUGAUCAAGGCCCGCAUGCGAUGCGCAUUCGUAGCCGACACCUACACCCAGCUCUCGGACGAGUUCUGUGUGAACAUGGUGCCGUCGUUCCUCAUGAUCUCGCUCUUCCUAUUUCUCAUGGGCAUCUUCCUCAUCCCGGUCAUCAUCACGCUUAUCAUCAUGGUCAAGCGCCUGCGCCACAAGCACACGAGCGGGGCCGCUGAGGCAGACACAAAAUACAAGUAGAACAUCCCCACUGGGAUUUGGAUAGGUUUGUUCAUUAACUAGUUCAUUUUGGUUUCAUUCUUCA